CUGGGGCCUCCGUGUACUUACUAUGAAGGCAUAGGGAUUUGAUUUUGCAGGGCAUCAAGUACCAGAACUGAGACUGGAAUUACGGUCAAUUUGUAGUAAGAAACAUCGAAGAACUACCACUUGCAAUGGCUAAGAAAAAUACAAAAGGAACAGUUAAAAAAGAGGCCAAGCCGCAGCUGGCGCAUAAGAAUGGGAAGAAGGCAGAGGUUGGAGGAGGAACCUCGUUCUUCACCUGGUUCAUGGUUUUGGCCCUCCUAGGUGUCUGGACCUCUGUAGCUGUGGUGUAUUUCGACCUGGUUGACUAUCAAGGUGUAAUUGCCAAAGCACAGGACUUUCGCUAUAAUCUUUCAGAGGUAUUACAAGGUAAACUUGUGUCCUAUGAUGCUGAUGGUGAUGGGGACUUUGAUGUGGAAGACGCUAAAGUACUACUAGGACUGAAAGAUAAGCCCACCAUUGAGAACAGUGAACCGAUUAAGGCAACCUCCGCUGAACCUGUGGAAGAAGCUCCAGACUCUAUUGUGGAGGAAGAGAUCGAAGCCAUUAAAAUUGAGGAAGCUGCUCAGCCGCCACCAGAACCAGAAACUGUGGAGGAGGAGCCAGUUGCUGAGGAGGAGCCUAUUGCUGCAGAAGAGGAAGUAGAUGAGGAGGAACCAGAGGUUGAAGAAGAGCCAGAAGUUCCUGAGGAAGAACCUGAAGUUGUGGAGGAAGUGCCAGAGGAUACAGACACUGUUCCAGUUGAGGAAGAGGCUUUUGAGGAGGCAAUGGAAGAGCUUGCAAAUGAGGAAGAGGUCAUACCAGUUGAGGAAGCUGCUCCAGUGGAAAAAGAUUCAUCAGUUGAAGAGAAAAUAGAAAUAGUAGAAGAUACACCAGAGGAGGAGGUAGUUGAAGAGGUUGCACCGGUGGAAGAAGCAAUUGAGGAAGUGUUGGAGGAAGGUGAUGCACCAGUGGAAGAGGCAAUAGAAGUAGUAGAAGAACAUGCACCAGUAGAAGAACCCGUUGAGGAGGUUGUACCAGUAGAAUCUGCGGACGAGCUUGAGCCAGUAGAAGAAGCUGUGGAGGAGCUUGAGCCAGUAGAAGAAGCUGUGGAGAAGCUUGAGUCAGUAGAAGUAGUUGAGGAGAAGCUUGAGCCAGUAGAAGUAGUUGUGGAGGGGCUUGAGCCUGUAGAAGAAGCUGUGGAGGAGCUUGAGCCGGUAGAAGAAGCUGUGGAGGAGCUGGAGCCGGUAGAAGAAGCUGUGGAGGAGCUUGAGCCGGUAGAAGAAGCUGUGGAGGAGCUUGAGCCAGUAGAAGAAGCUGCUGUGGAGGAGCUUAAACCAGUAAAAGAAGCUGUGGAGGAGCCAGUAGAAGAAGCUGUGGAGGAGCCAGUAGAAGCUGCUGUGGAGGAGCUUGAACCCGUAGAAGAAGCUGUGGAGGAGCUUGAACCAGAAGAAGCUGUGGAAGAACCUGAACAAGUGGAGGAACCUGAAAUAGAAGAGCAAGUGGAAGUAGAAGAAACACCCGAGGAGUCUGUAGAAGAGACUGUAACAGAAGAGGAGCUUAUAGAGGAAACAGAUGAGGCAGGUCAGGAAGAUGAGGAAGUAGAAGAGGAAACCAUGCUUGAUGAAGAGAAUAUGGAAGAAGAGGAGGAUGCAGCUUCUGAUGAAGAGCAGGCUGAGGAAGACUUUGCAGAAGAUAUUAACCAAACAGAAGAACUCGAAGAAGAGCCCACGGAAACAUAAAACAUUAGGCAGUAUGUAAGAUGCGGAGAGGACCAGCACCACAUGGCAUUCCACUGGAAGUGUGCAGUUGCCGAUUCCCACCAUGGAGUAAAAAAAAAAGAGAAUGCUAUAUUACCCCUUCAUUUUCCUAGACUUUUUCCUUUUUUGUUUAACACAAGCCUUUUCGUUAAUUGAUUAAUGCAGUCUCUUGUGUACAAGUACACAUUUAUUUGAAUGUUUUGUCAACAUUUGUUUGGUGGUUUGACCACCCCUCCCUUUUCUAAUCCCUAAUUUGUAAUUACAGUCAAAGCUUUUUUUCCCAUUCUCUAACAUAGAUGUGAAGUAGCCAUUUCUUAAUGAUCAUGGAUGAUAGUUUGUUUUCCUAUGUAUGUACAUUGUACACACACCACCAUGUUGCUUUGUAGCUCAGAGAUCUUCACAUUCAUCAGUGUCUCUCUUCGUCAAAUCUAAUUGCUUUAAUGUGAAGUUACUAUGCAAAGCUGCACUGAUCUUUUGCUCUUUUUACCCUUAGGUUUUGUACCAAUAUGUAUUGAGUCUGCAUUUCCAAUGUUGCAUAUCAAGGACAAGUUUAUGCUGGCAGGUUAACCAAGAUAAUUGCUAUGUGAACUUUGUAUGAGUGGGCGUGCAUGUGCAUGUUUGUGUCAAUUUAAAAAAAUCUUGUUUAACUUUUUGCGAAGCAAUUAUUUGAGCCAUUUUUUUUUCUCACUAGUAUGUAUUCGUGGUGUUUUCCUAUGUUUUUUUUCAGUGUAUGGUCAACAUUUAAGUACCUCUGUUGAUAUUUUCCUCAAUACUGUAACUGUUUUGUUAAGAGCUCAGAGAGUGGAGAACUUGUUUUUGCAUUUCUUCAUAUUUAGAUUUCACAUUUUUAAAUUCAGAAGCAUAUGUCUGCUCCCCAUCAAACUUUUUUUAUUUAUACUCAUGCCUUUUUCAGUAAGUCUUGCUUCAUAGGCUCAUGAUUUGACAAGCUCUAUUUCAGGCAAACACUCCAGCUGCUGUGCAGUGUGCGAAUGAGAAACCGUGUUGUUUAAGGGGAUUGUCAUCUUAUGCAAUAACUGGUGAAGGAUGCCCACAUAAAUAUGGAGCACCCUACUUUACAAAAUGUUUUAUUUUUGUAGCAGGGUAAAGAUUUUUUUCCUAGUGCUUGUUGUGGGACAUCACAAGUCAGUAUGUGCUCAUUAAUUUGUCAAAUGUAAUGCACUGCCUAUGGAUUGAAUUCUCAGUGCAUUUAUUCUGGCUAUUUCAACUGUUGCAGGCACAUAUGUAAGAAUACAGUAUAGAAACAAUACAGUUUUGUUGUACUACAUUCAGAAAGGAAGAUGACUGGUAUUUUGUCACAUUAAUAUUGUAGAAAGACAAAAAUUGUUUGUAUUUACUAUUAAUGUUGUCAUGGUUUUUAUCACAACAGUGUAGCUUUCACUCUUGAUGCAGAGUAAAUGGUUAAGAAACUGAAAACCGGUUUGAUCUUUUAAAAGGAAACCCAAUUCUGGCUCCUGAAGUGUUUCACUGUGGAUUUUUUUUUUUUUUUUUUUUUUUAAUUUUCAUUGUAAUGUUGUGUGUUACACUGUGGUUCUAUAGGGCCUGCCAGAAUAGAUGUUGUUUUUGUGCUAGACUUUAGGAAAUUCUGCAAAUCUCUUCAAUGAUUUCAUAACAUAUACUGGCUGCAAUGUAGUUUUUAGGGUUUUCUUCUUUCUAUAAAACUAGAGGGUGUUUUUUUCUACCCCUAACACUUUUGAAGUCAAUGUGAAUUUUUAAAGUGGUAUUGAUUUCUUGUUUAGGAUUUUUAAGGAAUUCUUUUAUUUAGAAUUUGACACUUUAUAGUCAAAUUGAAUUAAUUCUACAAAAGUGUUAACUUCUCAAAGCCAUAUGUGAAAGGUUGGGUAUAGCAGCUUUAGUAUGGUCGUGAUCUAAGGGACACACACCUCACAACCUCACAACUAGCAAUAACACCAUGUGUAUAAGGGGUAUUUCUUUCAUUGAAAUCCACAUACAAACAGAUGUUUACUCAAGGCUUUCUAUUCAGAGGUUUACAUGAAAUCCUGCUGUAUAGGCUAACUCAUUUUAAGUUAUUGAGGCAUUGAAAUUAUAUGGAGUUUUGGGUGACACAUCUGUAAACAACUGUAAAUGUUUUUUUGAGUGCUGCAAUAAAGGUUGGGACAACAAAGUC